UUUUUUCAACCUUAAUCAGAUCUGGUCACGUUUUACUGGAUUCUACUUUGGGCAGCAGAUAUAAUCAGUGUCGUGUGUUUUUAUUUCAAAUCAAGAAAUACAAUUCUUUCAUUUUCACCACAAAAAUGGUUAAUUAUAAUGAUUAUUACAACGUUCAAACACCCAUCCAGGACACUAAUGAAUCGAGUUUUUUGGCUUCUUUAUUGACUGGAUUCGUAUCUUAUUCCAUUGUUUUUCUUAAUUAUAUUCUGGUUUCUCUCUACAAUUUAGCGAUUUUUUUGCACACAAGUUAUCCAUUUGCCUCUCGACUAUUAUUUGUUUCACUCAUUGUUUACAUUGUUUUUUGUCUAUUUAAAACUUCAAUCAGAUUCUUUAUCAAUUCGUUGCUCAAAUUGAUAAAGUUUUUUGUAUUUCUUGUAGUUUUAUUAAUUGGUUGCUGGAUUUAUUUACGUGGCACUCAGCAAUUUAUCUCUGAUGUCACUGUCAUUUACAACUUGUUAUUUAACAUUUAUAAUUUCAAAAAUUCAUAUGACAUGAACGAUAAUCAUAACAACUACAACAAUUAUAAUACUUAUCAAUAUCAUAAAAAUGGAAAUUAUAAUAGUGAUGUCAUUGCAAACAAUCAGUUUUUAAAUGAUCUUUUUUUCAAAGUAGUGAAAAAUAUCAAUUAUGACUCCUUUUUGAUUUAUUUCAAUUAUUUAGUCAAUUAUUUAAAUUCAAAUAAUAUUGAUUUAGCAAAUUUCAAUAUAAAUUAUAGCGUUGAUGAUAUUAAUUGGCUUUUAAAUUAUCUAUCCAAUGCUAAUGCUAACGCUAAUGCUAAUGCUAAUGCUAAUCAUAAUCAUAAUCAAAACUGAUUAUUUGGUUAAAUUUAUUGAAUUUCAAAAAUUAUUCAUUAUUUCUCUUGGUUUUUUUCGAGAUUUACAAUCAUUUCUAUCAUUUGGUCUCUUCCUGGUUUGUAAAAUAAUACUAUAGAUAUUAUUGUGUUUUUCCGUAAAUAAAUCUUUAAAUAAUUCUAACAUUAAUAUAAAAGCAAAAAAAAAAAAAAAGGAAGACAUUG